ACGAGACAAAUAGGUUCAUUCAUGUGUACCACUAGAGAAGAAGGUAGUGAUUAGAAAGGCGAAGGAAGAUGUGGAGGACUAGUUUGAAGGUUGCUUUGCUAAAUUUUCUAGUUCAUGCAGUUGUGCUUCAAGCUCGGGAUCAAUCAGGGUUCAUCAGCAUAGAUUGCGGAGGAUCCAACUCUACUGAUGAUGAGCUAGACAUACAAUAUAUUUCAGAUGACGAUUUCAUAAGCAGUGGUGAGCCUGAAUCUGUGAAUUCUGACUUGAGAAGUUACUUUGUACAAGAACAACUGCAGAAUCUGAGGAGCUUCCCGAAAGGAAAAAGAAACUGCUACAAGAUAAACAACAUCACAAUAGGCUUCCUAUAUCUGAUCCGCCUUCAGUUCGCGUACGGAAACUACGACGGGCUUAGCAAAUUUCCAGAGUUUGAUGUGUUUCUUGGAGUUAACAAGUGGGAUACAGUGAGCGUUGGAGCAGACGACAACGUUAACGUCAACACGGUCAUUCGUAUGAAGGAGAUUAUACAUAGAGCUUCACGGGAAUACAUAAGUAUCUGUUUGGUGAAAAAACGUGGCACGCCAUUCAUAUCAACCAUAGAUUUGAGGCCUUUGAAAAAUGAUACCUAUUUUACUCCAUCUGGUGGAUCACUGGUUACUUGCUCCCGUCAGGAUUUAGGGCAUCUAUCAUCCACCAGCUCAUCAUCUAUCAGCUAUCACAGGUUUAAGGACGAUCCUUAUGAUCGUAUCUGGACAAGGAGCUCAAAGCAAUAUGCAGAAUGGGCAAUGUUGUCUGAUUCAAAUACUGUAACUGCUGAUUCCUUUAGCCAGAAUGAUUACCAGGUACCAGCAGAUGUCAUGAGGACCGCGAUUACACCGGCAAAUGCAAGUGAUCCAUUGGUUGUUCAAUCAAACAUCCCGACGGCACAAAGUGAUGAAUACCAUAUAUACAUGCACUUCUUGGACUUGGAGUUUGCGGCUGGGUUGAUCAACAACCCAAUAAGGGAAUUUAACAUCCUUGUGGACAAUAUGCCAUUAUCUGAAUAUCUCGUGCUUCCCAGCCUCUCUGCAAAAACAAUCAAUACCACCGUCAACAAUGAAAUUAAUAUUACUAUUUCAUUUCAAAUGACGUCUCGUUCAACCCUGCCUCCCAUCAUCAACGCCAUUGAAGCCUAUAGAUUUAUUCCAUUCAACCAAUUAGAUACGUUCCAAGCAGAUGUUGAUGCAAUCACAAGGAUCCAGUCAGUAUAUGGUUUGACGACAAGAGAUGAUCAGUGGCAAGGGGAUCCAUGCGGCCCCGCAGGCUACAUGAGUGAGUGGGACGGUCUCAAUUGUACUCGUCAACUAGAUGAAUCCCCUAGAAUUUCUGCCUUGGAUUUAUCAAAUAACGACUUGAAUGGCCAAAUUCCGAAUUUUCUGUCUCAAUUACAUAACUUAAAGAUAUUGAACUUAGCGGGCAAUAACCUUAGUGGUUCAGUACCAUCAAUACUACUUGAGAAAUCUAACGAAGGUUCCUUGUUACUCAAUGUUGAUCAAAAUCCAUAUCUACUAUGUGAAUCUGGAGGAUGCAAAGAAAAGAAGAAAAAGCCAUUAUUAGUAGCAGCAGCUAUUGGGAUUUUAGUCACUCUACUAGUGAUUGUAGCGGCCGCAGCUAUAGUCUGGACUCUAAAAAAGAGAAAAACCAAAAAAGUAGAAAAAACUCCAAGGGAGAUCAAGCAAGACGAUGAUGUUUCACUGAAUUUCAAGAAUAAAAUAUAUUCAUACUCUGAUAUCCUUAAAAUCACCAACAACUUCAGAAAAAUCCUUGGAAAAGGUGGGUUUGGAACAGUUUAUAUGGGACAUGUUGAUGACGCUCCAGUUGCAGUGAAGAUGCUUUCUCAAUCCUCAGUUCAAGGUUAUCAGCAAUUCCAAGCAGAGGUUAAGAUUCUAAUGAGAGUUCAUCAUAGAAAUUUGACCUCCCUAGUUGGAUAUUGUAAUGAAGGAAGCAAUAAGGCUCUAAUAUACGAGUAUAUGGCUAAUGGAAAUCUACGUGAACAUCUCUUAGGCACCAAAUUCCUGAGCUGGAAAGACAGGCUCUGUAUAGCGGUAGAUGCAGCCCAAGGGUUGGAAUAUUUACACAAUGGUUGCAAGCCACCUAUAAUCCACAGAGAUGUAAAAGCUUCAAACAUUUUGUUGACUGAAAACUUGCACGCAAAAUUAUCUGAUUUUGGUUUGUCAAAAAGUAUCCCAACGGAUGGGAGGAGUCAUGUUUCAACUGUUGUUGCUGGCACCGCUGGCUACUUGGAUCCCAAUUACUACCAAUCAAGCAGAUUAACAGAGAAGAGUGAUGUUUAUAGUUUUGGAGUUGUUCUUUUGGAGUUAAUCACAAGUCAAGCAGCAAUAAGAAUGGCAGAAGAUGAUGAUGAUGAUAAUGAUGGGAAAACUCAUCACUUAAGUCAUUGGGUUAGUUCGAAGGUGGAGAGAGGGGAUAUCCAUGGCAUUGUUGACUCGAGGUUAGGAGAAGACUUUGACUGUAGCUCUGCCUGGAAAAUUGUGGAAACAGCAUUGACUUGUGUGUCUCAAAACUCUAAUGAAAGGCCAAUCAUGAGUGAGGUGUUGAUUGAACUCAAGAACGCUUUGGCCAUGGAAUUAAGUCGAACAAACUAUGGUGGUGGUGUCAACAAUAAUAAUGGAGAUUCAUCGGUUGAACUGGUCUUUGUGAAUGCAAAUGAAUCCACUCCUCUGGCCAGGUAAAUUAAGACGCACAAUUACAAGUGGAAACUGAUGUAUCAGCAACAAUAAGUUUUCUAUUUUGGUUUUUGGGUUCACAAAAGGAGCCCCAAGGCCCAGAAAUAGGAAACUCAAAAACUAACAAUAAGUUAAUUAGAGUAUGUGUCUUGGACUCUUGGGAGUGGUGUGAUUGAAGUUUCUCAGGUCGCAGAUGAGGCUUUAUCUCAUGGAGUAAUCUAUAUGUUUCUUAAUAUGCUGUAUUCGGGUUCAAACUUUGGCAAAUACGCUAAGGAUUGAAAAAGAACUCUUUUGUUUUGUGUGGAUAAAUGUGUAAUAUAAAUGUGUUUUAAUACUUAAGAUUGGAGAUUGUCUACUCUAUUUUAAAAAAAAAAAAUUUCUCAGGUCUUGUUUCUUCUCCUUUAUUGCAUGCUUGCAUGCUU